AUGGAAGAUAGAGUGGAAUUUAGUCUCAAGGGCUCCGCUGCUGGUCCAGUGGAACCGUCCCUAGGGGGUGGAUCACUUAACGCCUCGCAACCUUCCCAAGAGCGCACCAGCUCAUCUACAGAGCUGUCAACUGUACACACGGAUCCGGAUCCGGACCCAAUGGAGCAAGGCCAAGAUUCUAGCUCUCUUAGCAAUCACGCCCGUUACCCGUCUUUUGUCAAUCCCUGGUAUGUUCCGCCAGUGGACGCAACAGUUUGCCCCGCCGAAUUGGGCAAUCCAUGGAGUGUACCCGCCAACAUACCGGACACAUCUAGCAUGGCUCGUAUGGCAAUUGGGACCGUCGAAGGCCAGCAUAACGAUGGCGUUAAUAGCGGGGAUGCCACCGAGCAAAGCGCUGGCACUCCCGAAUCGAAUUUGGCUGUCAAUGAUACUGGCACUGCCAAAUCGAAUUUGGUUGUCAAUAAUAACGGGGAGACGUUAGCUGUUGAUAGCAACCCUGACGAUGAUAUGGAAUACGACUCCGAUGCCGACUCCAACGAUGAUUAUGAAGCCGACAAUGAUUUCCGUGCGGAGGAUUAUUAUGAUGAGGAGGACGAUGCUGAAGACGACGGCGGUUCUUGUGCCUAUACCAGUGACACCAAUAGUGCACAAAUAGAUGUUGAUGGGCUCAGCAGUAACAAGAAGAAACUAUCCCCACAGCGACAAGCGCAGAUAGACUACUACAAACGCCGUAUGCCCAGCCGAUACAAUGACCCACUAUUCAUGAGAUCGCGGGUCUAUACUCGCAGUUCUUUGGCGCGCGAACUGAAGUUAGUUCCUAUCUCCGCGCCCACUGGCGUCGUUAUGGAGAUGCUGGCUUGGCAAGUUCAAGCUGGGAAGGGAGUGCAGGGCGAUAACGCCCCCUUCGAUUCAUUUCACGGCAAGGGGAAGAGACACUGUGAGAAUUGCGAGGGUGUCUGUAGAUGGAAGGGGAUGAUGCCCAAAGUAGUUGGGGGUGAAGGCGGAUAA